AUGUUGAGCUCCGUCGUGAACACUUCCAUCUCUUGGUGUCAAGCCAAUUUACCUGUACAAGCUGCCAGGGAAAGGAUUCCUCUCGUGAACACGAGUUUAAGGGUAGCUGACGCCUAUGGUAUGCCUGUGGUUGUUAAAGUCGACUCUAUCAUUGACGGUAUCAUCGACAAAGGCAACUACUAUGUUGCUAAUGUUCGUGGUAAAUCCGUUGCUGCUUUCGAGGCAGUUGAAGGUAUGAGAGGCUCCCUCCGGAAAAAGGAGGAAGCAGUUCGAAACAAGGUUGGUGACCUCGUCACUGAGAAGAAGAACGAGUUCGCUAACGCUAAGCACAUGGUCAUCACUAAGGUCAACAACACGUAUCAUGUAUUAUCUUCAAGGUUGCAGAAGAUACCAAAUUCCAUAGACUUCGACAUCCACGUAUUACUCGAUCAAGACAGUUGGCUGGUUGGUGCUAUGCUGGGCAUGAGGGAUCGUGUUCUGGCGAUCGCUGCGAAGGGUUUGGACAUGACCCUUGGUGAAGAGAGACGGUCUGCCAUCUUUGAAAGAGGUUCUGUUACUUAUGAGAGAGCACUCGAUAUGGCAUGUGGUUUCCUUGGAGUCGAGCGUCGCACUACUGUGGCAGUCCCUACUAGUCCCAGUGAGAGCUCUCAAGCCGCCACUGAUAAGGUCUCCGAGACUAGCACGGUUGAGCCGGUGAACGUCUUGAAGGAGCAGAAGGAAUCUUUGAUGGUUGACGAGAAGCAUUCUGUUGUUAGGGUUGAAUCGAAGAAGUGCAAAAAUUCUGGUCUUCCCAAGUAG